UGAUUUGACUUAAUACUGAGGGACGAAUAUUAUUUUUAAUUGUAAUUAAUUAGUAUAUAUAUAACUGUUUUCUAUUGUAUAUUAAAGUAGUGGUGUGCAAUUGUUUAGGAAGUAAAAAUGAAUAGUAAAACAAUUUCAACAGACAGUGAAUUAACCUGCAAACCGCUCGAUAGUUAUGAAGAAUUAAUAUCAUUUUUGGAGGACCCUCCAGCUUGGAGCACCUUGUGUAAAGAGAUGACUCCGCAUAGUAAAGCACUGAUAAAAAACACAGAGGUAAACAAAAGUAAACCUCAUUCAACAAUAGCCUCUUUCCAAAUCCAAACAACGGAAGACUUCUGUCAUUUCAACCCGGAUACGGAAAACGAAACAUUGCGACACGAUAAAAAAAAAACACCGAAAACUUUAGUUUGUCAUGAUAUGGCAAACGGGUACCACGAUGACAGUACCGUAGACGGCACGGGGUGUCACCAUGCCUACACUUUCUACAACUGGGCAGCUGUCGAUAUCUUCUGUUAUUUUAGUCAUCAUCUCAUAACGAUACCCCCUUUGAGCUGGAUCAAUGUUGGCCACGCGCACGGCGUCAAAGUUAUCGGUACAGUGAUAACGGAGUGGAACGAUGGGGUUGCGUUUUGGAAUAAAAUGCUGGCCUCGGAAGCAGUGUACCGAUAUUUCGCCAGUGCUCUGGUCUCCGUCGCCAAGGUCCUUAAGUUUGAUGGAUGGCUUCUCAAUAUAGAGAAUCAAAUAGUCAAACCGGAGAUGUUACUGGACUUUGUCCGUUAUUUCCAUCGAAUUCUGCACCAAGAACUGGACGAUCCGGUGCUGAUCUGGUACGACAGUGUGACGAUACAAGGGACAUUAAUCUGGCAGAAUGGUCUCAAUCAUAAGAAUAGGCCAUUCUUCGACGCCUGCGACGGCAUAUUCACGAAUUACUCGUGGUCAGAAGCGAACGUGUCCUCUAGCGCCGUGGAGGCGGGAGAUCGACUCACAGACCUCUACAUCGGGAUCGAUGUGUGGGGCAGGAACUUCUAUGGCGGGGGACAGUUGAAUACACAAUCGGCCGUCAAAAUAGCACAUAAAUAUGGCUGUUCCAUGGCUAUAUUCGCUCCGGCCUGGUCACACGAGGCCAUGAGUCUGGAAGACUGCAACAUCAAUAGAGUGGCUAUGACGGAGGGCGUGGACACGUACCGCCAGUUCUUGCUCAGGGACAGGGCGCUGUGGGGCACCAUCUGGCCGUAUCUGAACACGAGGCUCCCUUGCGAAUUACCAUUUCGAACUUCCUUUUGCAGAGGGCAAGGAUUAAAACGAAGAUUGUAUGGAGAGGUUCUUGGUCCAGUUCCGUGGUACAACCUGCGACAUAUGCAGUACCAACCGAACUCAACUCACGGGGCCCACGGCUACUUCAUCUCUGCUUUACCGCACAUCUUACGAAUGUCGAAAAAUGAUCUCCUGAAAGACCCUGACGCUCUGAAAAAAAUGAGGAAACUUUUAAACGAUGAUGAGGCUGUGAGGAGUAUGGACCUACCAGACGACGCGCGGGAUGAUGUACCAAUAGACGAAUUCACAGAUGAUGAUCACAAAGUUAUUUCUGAUGAGAAAUUUGACGAUACCGAUAACGGCUCUAAAGAUAUAAAGAGGAAACUGCAGAUCUCCUCGAAGUCGAAUGCGAAGGCUUCAAGACUUUAUGAUGUCAAAGAAAACGCGGUGAAUUCUUCGAGCCAUUCAACUGUCACUUUAAAAAUAAAUAAGCCCGUAGAUAAGACUCAGUACGCGCUAGCUUGUGUCCCUGGCGAGCUAGAAUGCUUAGAGUUGUACCUAGAUGACAGUUUCACAGGAGGGUCGUGUCUGAAGGUCAAUCCUUCAGAUGCAGCCCAGUCUGAACAUCGCUUUAUAAGGUUGUUCCAUUGCGAUUUCACAUGUGAAGAAAAGUUGAUAGCUUGCGUGGUCACGAAAAAUUUGAAAAACUACCCAGAACAAAAUUUAAAUGUCAAAUUGUUUAUGAAAGAUCAAAACGAUAGGGACUUGAAAGUGGUGCUGGUGGGGCGAAGUCUGUCGCGUGCUGCUCAGAGUGUUGCUUCAAGCAGUAAAGUCAAUUUGUACCCCGUGAACGGGUCGUCGGACGAGGGGUUCAGGGACCUUCAGAAGUACAUAUUGCUGAACGAACCAGAGUUCUAUGUUCCAGUGGAUAACGCUUACAAUUGGAGAGUAAGGUACUAUGAAAUAUCGUUACCCGGCACUCGGAUAACUUCAAUUAACCUUCGCACCACCUUCUCCGAGGGACCCAUUCUGCUGGGACACUUCGGGCUCUGCGCGAGGAAAUCGGAUCUUUGAGAUCACGUUUGUGAGCUAGUUGAGAGCUCAUGAGAUUUACAGACAUCAACAUGUUAUGUACCUAAUAUUAUAUUAAAAUAUAAAAUAAUAUAUCGUUAGAACUUAGUGUAGUUCGCUACGUUGACAAAUAUUCUCACAAUGAUAAUUAUUUUUUUAAUAUCUGAGCAAAUAAAUUUAUUUAACCUUA